UUGACUCGUUGAGUCUCCUUUCAUGAGAAUUAAGAAACGCCAAAGCAAGUGACGUGUCUCGGGAUGAUCUUCCACUGAGUAUUCAUCCGAAACAGCCGAAUUGCCACAGACUUUAGUGAAUUAAAACAGUAUAUGGAAUAACAAUCAACAGAAAUGUUAACGAAGUUCGAAACCAAGUCCGCACGAGUGAAGGGACUGUCGUUCCACCCCAAACGGCCGUGGAUUCUAGCCAGUUUGCACAAUGGAGUCAUCCAACUGUGGGACUACCGCAUGUGCACGCUCCUGGAGAAAUUCGACGAGCACGACGGUCCAGUCCGAGGGAUAUGUUUCCACAACCAGCAGCCGCUCUUCGUCUCCGGGGGUGACGACUACAAGAUAAAAGUCUGGAACUACAAGCAGCGUCGUUGCAUCUUCACGCUCCUGGGUCACCUCGACUACAUAAGAACGACGUUCUUCCACCACGAGUACCCGUGGAUCCUGAGUGCCUCGGACGACCAGACGAUAAGAAUCUGGAACUGGCAGAGUCGUGCCUGCAUCUGUGUCCUGACUGGUCACAACCACUACGUCAUGUGUGCACAGUUCCACCCCUCCGAGGACAUGAUUGUGUCCGCCUCUCUGGAUCAGACUGUCAGAGUCUGGGAUAUUUCAGGGCUGAGGAAGAAGAACGUGGCGCCAGGACCUGGGGGCCUCGAGGAUCACCUGAAGAACCCUGGGACGACCGAUUUAUUCGGUCAAGCUGAUGCAGUCGUCAAGCACGUGCUCGAGGGGCACGACAGGGGGGUCAACUGGGCCUGCUUCAACCCAACAUUGCCCCUGAUCGUCUCUGGUGCUGACGACAGACAGAUUAAAAUGUGGAGAAUGAACGAUCUGAAGGCUUGGGAGGUCGACACCUGCAGAGGGCACUACAACAACGUCUCCUGCGUCCUCUUCCACCCUCGGCAGGACCUCAUUCUCUCCAACUCCGAGGACAAGAGCAUCAGGGUCUGGGACAUGGCCAAGAGGGGCUGCCUCCAGACCUUCAGAAGAGAGCACGAGAGGUUCUGGGUACUUGCAGCCCACCCAACGCUCAAUCUUUUUGCUGCUGGCCACGACGCUGGCAUGAUCAUCUUCAAACUGGAGAGGGAACGCCCUGCCUAUGCUGUCCAUGGCAAUCUCCUGUACUAUGUCAAGGAGAGAUUCCUCAGGAAACUCGAUUUCACUACCUCCAAGGACACCUCGGUCAUGCAGAUCAGGGGAGGAGGGAAAACACCGGCCUACAGCAUGUCUUAUAAUCAAGCUGAGAAUGCUGUCUUGAUUACUACGAGAUCUGCGUCGAAUAUUGAGAAUAGCACUUAUGAUCUGUAUAUUAUUCCCAAGGAUGGGGACUCUAAUAGCGAUCCUGAAACCAAGAGGGCUCCUGGGGUCACGGCCAUUUGGGUGGCACGCAAUCGAUUUGCUGUUUUGGAUAGAGGAUAUUCGCUGGUGAUAAAAAACCUGAAGAACGAAGUAACGAAAAAAGUCCAGGUCCCCAACUGCGAGGAGAUAUUCUACGCGGGAACUGGGAUGCUCCUGCUCCGUGACGCCGACCAAGUGACCCUCUUCGACGUCCAGCAGAAGCGCCAGCUCUCGGAGGUGAAAAACCCCAAGUGUCGCUACGUAGUCUGGUCCAACGACAUGUCCCACGUGGCCCUCCUCUCGAAGCACACAGUGACCAUCUGCAACCGCAAGCUGCAAUCCCUCUGCUCGAUAUCCGAGAACACGAGGGUAAAAUCCGGCGCUUGGGACGACUCCGGAGUCUUCAUCUACACCACCAGCAACCACAUAAAGUACGCCAUAACCACAGGGGACCACGGGAUAAUCAGGACCCUGGACCUGCCGAUCUACGUGACUCGAGUCAAGGGUGACCAGGUGUACUGUCUCGACCGAGAAUGCAGACCGAGAAUAUUGAGGAUCGACCCCACCGAGUACAAGUUCAAACUAGCCCUGAUCAACCGAAAGUACGAGGAGGUCCUGCACAUGGUGAGGACUGCGAACCUAGUGGGCCAAUCAAUAAUCGCAUACCUCCAGCAGAAAGGCUACCCCGAAGUGGCUUUGCACUUCGUGAAAGACGAGAAAACCCGCUUUGGACUGGCCCUGGAGUGUGGGAACAUCGAGGUAGCCCUGGAAGCUGCCAGGACCCUGGACCAAAAGGCCUGCUGGGAGAGCCUGGCCCAGGCAGCCCUGCUCCAGGGUAAUCACCAGGUCGUUGAAAUGUGCUACCAACGCACUAAGAACUUCGAGAAGCUGGCAUUCCUCUACUUGAUCACUGGCAACCUGGACAAGCUCAGGAAGAUGACGAAAAUCGCUGAGAUCAGGAAGGACUUCUCUGGGCAGUACCAGGGGAACCUCCUCCUCGGUGACAUCCACGAGAGGGCAAAGAUCCUGAAGGACUGUGGGCAGAGUUCCCUGGCUGCUGUAACGAAAAAACUCCACGGAAUCUCCAGUGAAGAGGACGAGCUCGAGACUGAACUCAUUGAAGAGAUGAGUGAGCUGGAACGUGGGGCGGUGUACCUGAGGCCCCCAGUGCCUGUCCAGCAGGCUGAGAACAACUGGCCUCUGCUCACUGUCUCGAAAGGGUUCUUCGAGGGGGCGAUGAUGUCCAGGGGGAAGAGUCAAGUGGCUGCAGCCCUGGCUGCUCUGGAUACAGAGGACGACACAGCAGCUGUCGAAGGCUGGGGUAAUGACGAGGAGUUGGGAAUGGACGAUGAGGAGGCUGCAGAAGGGGGAGAGGCUGGGGAAGAUGGAGAGGAGAAUGCAGGGUGGGAAGUUGAGGACGUCGAUCUCCCCCCGGAGCUGGAGACGACUGUUGCCUCAGCUGAGGAUGGCUACUUCGCAGCACCGACUAAGGGAGUCCCUGUGACCCAGCACUGGGUGAAUAACUCGCAGCUGCCAGUUGAUCAUAUCGUUGCUGGGUCCUUCGAAACCGCUUGCAGGCUUCUCCAUGAUCAGGUGGGGGUCACGGAGUUCGAGCUGUACCAGACGCACUUCUUGAAUACAUUCGCUCGAUCCAGGACGAGUUAUGCGUCGCUUCCGAGCAUUCCCUCGCUCUAUGCUUAUCCACAGAGGAAUUGGAAGGAUACGACUGUGAAGCAUGGGCUGCCAGCUGUUGGCUUGCAUUUAACUGAGCUCGUUCAGAGGCUCCAAGUCUGCUAUCAGCUGACGACGGGGGGAAAAUUCACGGAGGCUAUCGAGAAACUUCAGGCCAUUCUUCUCAGUGUACCAUUGCUGGUUGUCGAGACGAGGCAGGACAUCGCUGAGGCCCAGCAGCUCAUUCACGUCUGCAGGGAGUACAUUCUGGGGCUGAAGAUGGAGUCUGAGAGGAAGAAUGCGCCGAAGACGACGUUGGCUGAGCAGAAGAGGGUCUGCGAAAUGGCUGCCUACUUCACUCACUGCAAUCUCCAGCCUGUUCAUCAAAUUCUCACUCUCAGAACUGCUGUGAAUAUGUUCUUCAAGUUGAAGAAUUAUAAAACAGCUGGGUCGUUCGCCAGGAGGCUGCUGGAGUUGGGCCCUCGAGUGGAGGUGGCGCAGCAGGUCAGGAAGAUUCUCCAGGCUUGUGAUAAGAAUCCGGUUGAUGAACACCAGCUGCUUUAUGACGAGCACAAUCCAUUCUCACUUUGUGCCGCCACUUAUUCGCCGAUUUAUCGGGGAAAACCUGAGGUCAAGUGCCCGCUCUGUGGGGCCAGCUAUCAACCACAAUUCAAAGAUUCACUUUGUCGAGUGUGCGAUGUGGCUCAGGUCGGGAAGGAGUGCAUUGGACUGAGGAUAAGCCCGCUGCAGUUUCGAUGAAUCGUUUGAGUUAUAUUUUUACUUGGGGGCUGAAGAUCGAGGGAAGUAUUGUGAAUUUACUGUAAUAUUGUCAUUAUUUUAUAUCGCAUUUCGAAGAAUUGAUUCGAAGAUUAUUAUCUUCGGUGCUUUUUGUCAUUCCGGAGGAGAUUGAGUUAAUAAAGUUAAGUCAUGAGUGAAUAAAGGUGAUUUUCGGAGUUA